ACAAAAACCGCUUCGCAUAGCCGCAAUGGGCGCAAUAAAACGAAAAGCGGACCAGGCAGACCGCCCUUCGAAGAAAGAGAAGGGCACUCCGAAUUGCCGAUCUGCAAAGCGCCAGCGAAAGUCCGACGUCGCCGCAGAGCAUACCACGCCGAAACCGAAGCCUGAGCGCGCAGCGCAACGUAGCAUUUUCAAGGACGAAGAGAAGGUGUUUCCAAGAGGCGGUGCCAGCGUUCUGACGCCUUUAGAACACAAGCAGAUCCAGAUCAAGGCCAACCAGGACGUGCUUUUCGAGCAGGCCGGACUAAAGCGCAGCGGAGCGGAUGCUCUGAGCGACCAGGGCUCUGACGCCGGCGCAGAGGAUGCAUCAAAAGCGUCUAAGAAGCGGAAGUCGAAGAAGGCUAAGACUGUGCACACAGAGGAGGAAAAGAAGCAUAAGAUUCGAGCCGACGGCCUGACAUUCAAGAAACUGGCGAUUGGAACAUUAGUUCUAGGGCAAGUCAUCGAAAUCACCUCGGAAGACGUCGUGCUCGCCCUCCCUAACAACCUCGUCGGAUACGUACCGCUCACCGCAAUCUCCGACAAACUGAACGAGAGGAUUGAGAAGCUACUCAAGGAGGAGCAGCAGGGUAAUGACGACUCGCACGGGGAAGACAGCUUCGAGGAUGUCGCGCUUAAAGACAUGUUCCAUGUUGGACAAUACCUGAGAGCGUGCGUCACAUCGACCUCCGGCGACACUGAGCCUGGCGAGGUCCUGAAAUCAAGAAGGAGAAUCGAGCUGUCAAUUCACCCGAACAGGGUCAAUCGCGGUGUUGUAAAGUCGAAUCUAGUGACGAACUGCAUGAUACAAGCGUCGGUCAUCAGUAAUGAGGACCACGGCCUAGUGAUGGACAUGGGUCUGGACGAGCGGAAUAUCAAGGGUUUCCUUCCAAAAAGCGAACUCGGCAAGGACGUUGAGCACGCCAAGGUCCAGGAAGGCGCGGUAUUUAUGUGCUUGGUUUCCGGCCUGAACCCUGAUGGAAGAAUCGUCAAGCUGUCGGCAGACCAGCAGAAAGCCGGGAAUCUAAAGAAGGGAAACACUUUGGCCGAAGCUCCCACCAUCGACGUGUUUCUACCAGGAACUGCCGUGGAUGUGCUGAUCACGGAGCUGUCGAUUAACACAAUCGUCGGUAAAAUUUUGGGCCUAGUCGAUGCAACAGCUGACAUUAUCCAUUCCGGCGCCGCUCAACGAGGGGCAGAUUUGACCGAAAAAUACAAGACCGGGCAAAAGGUCAAAGCUAGAAUCCUGUUCACAUGUGAGGAUGCUGACCCAAAGAGGGUCGGCGUGUCAUUGCUGGAUCACGUCUUGUCAUUGUCCCAUCGCAUGUCUGGGAAGCCGAAGGAGAGGAAGAACCCUCUGGACGUUCUUUCAAUAUCAUCUCUCGUGGAAGAAGCAAAGGUCAGCAAGGUGGACCCCAUGCUUGGGGCCUUUUUCGAUCUUGGCUUACGGGAUGUGGUGGGUUUCGCGCAUAUUUCCCGACUCGCGGAAGGCAGGAUCGACACACCAUCAGAGACGUUCGGCCCUUUCCAGCUUGCCUCCAAGCAUCGAGCUCGGGUCAUCGGCUACAGCUCCAUGGACGGCGUGUUCCAGCUGUCUUUGGAAGAGAAGGUCCUUGCGCAACCGUUUCUUCGUAUCGAAGACAUCAAGGUUGGCCAAAUCGUCAAAGGCAGGAUCCACAAGUUGUUCGCAGAUAAGAGUGGGUCGACUGCACUGCUCGUCAGUCUCUCGGAAGGCAUUAUGGGCCUUGUGUCGGAGGUCCAUCUUGCCGAUGUACAUCUGCAGCACCCUGAACGGAAGUUUCGCGAAGGCGCAUCGGUCACCGCGCGAGUACUAUCCACAGAUCCGGGGAAACGUCAAGUGCGCCUCACUUUGAAGAAGUCUCUGGUCAAUUCAGAUGUGGAGCCAUGGAAUGAUUAUUCGCGCAUCACACAGGAUGCUACUGGUCCCGGGACGCUUGUCGACAUCAAACCCACCGGGGCACUGGUGCAAUUCUACGGCAAUGUCAAAGCUUGGCUUCCGGCGGCGGAGAUGAGCGAGGCCUUUAUCGAAGAUGCAACGCGACAUUUCACGAAGGGACAGGUAGUCAAUGUCCGCAUGAUCUCACUCGAACAGGGGGAAGGCAAGAUGUUGGUCUCCUGCAAAGACCCUGAUGCGGUCGAUGCGGAUAAAGAGAGCAGGUUCAAAUCGCUUACAUCCGGAGAUGUUGUAAAGGGCACUGUGGUUGAAAAGUCCCUGGAUUCUGCGACUAUCGACCUUGGUCACGGUGUCAAAGGAGUCCUCCGAAUCGGUCACCUAACGGACGGUUCGGAAAAGAAGGGCAAAUCUACCAUGGCCCGCGUUCGUGUCGGUGGCACGCUAGACGACCUCGUCGUCUUGGAUAAGCAUCAAAAGUCGAGAACGCUUACCCUCUCGAGCAAGCCUAGCCUUCGGAAGGCCGCACAAGCGGGAACACUCAUUAAGGCGUUCGACGACGUGAAGGCCGGUCAGACCGUUAGUGGCUUUGUGCGCGGUAUCAUGCCAGACAAGGUUUUCGUUGAAUUUGGUGGCGGGAUCAGCGGCGCCGUCUUCAAGUCACAGCUAACAGAGGAAAUGACACUCUCUCCUAACUUUGGUCUUCGGAAAGACCAAUCGAUCACGGCCCGCGUUACUCAUGUUGAUCCUGGCAAACGACUCUUCUGGCUUUCUAUGAGACCUGACACCAAAGAUUCCACUGCCAAGGCCAAGAGCUACGAUUCCGCGGCGGAGGCUGCGGUCAAUCCCGUCGAUGCAAACAUCAAGUCAACCGCAGAUCUCAAAUUCGGCACCACUAUAGAUGUCCUCAUACGCUCUCGCAAAAGCACUCAGGUCAACGUAAGACUCGCAGACAACCUCCAGGGUCGAAUCCAUGUCGCAGAGAUGUUCGACAACUGGGACGACAUCAAAGACAAGAAGAAUCCUCUUAGCCAAUUCGAAACGGGCGCAAUCAUAAAGACAAAGGUCAUAGGAAUGCACAACGCAAGGAACUAUCGCUUCCUCCCUAUCAGCCAUCGCGAAGGCACGCAUCAAAUAUACGAGCUCACAGCCAAAGACAACAUACGCAGCGAGUCCGACAUGCUGACGCUGGAUAAGAUCACCCAGGGAGCUUCCUUUUUGGCCUUCGUGAACAACAUUGCUGAGCGAUAUGUCUGGGCUAGCAUCUCAGCUAAUAUUCAUGGCCGCAUUGAUCUCUUCGACCUUACCGACGAUCUUUCGCUCCUAGGCGAUGUCGAAGAGAACUUUCCUGUAGGCUCCGCUCUCAAAGUGCGUGUCAAAGCUGUUGAUGUAGCAUCGGGUCGCCUAAGCCUGACAGCUGCGUCCACGCUUUCCGCCAGGUCUCUCACUCUCAAAGAUCUGAAAGAGGGCUUGGUUCUUCCCGCCCGGGUGACUAAGCUUCACGAUGCGCACAUCAUUGCCCAAAUCAACGAGAAUGUUGCAGGGCCCGUUUACCUCGAGCAGCUGGCUGACGACUUUGAUAAAGCGAAGCCUUCGGAAUUCAAGGUCGGUGAGAUCAUUAGAGUCUGCGUUACGGAGAUUGAUGUUCCGAACAAGCGGCUCGGUCUGUCAGCUAGGCCCUCGAAAGUUCUCAGCUCCUCAUUACCGAUCAAGGAUCCCGAAGUUAAGGACAAUUCGCAGCUCAAGGUUGGCCAGGUAGUCCGAGGCUUCGUCAAGAAGAUUGCGGAUAACGCCCUCUUUGUCCGCCUAGGAUCGCACGUAGAUGCGAUGGUUCGGGUGUCUCACCUCUCCGAUGCAUACAUCAAAGAUUGGAAGUCUGAAUUCCAGGUGGACAAGCUAGUCACCGGAAAGGUCAUUGCAAACCAGGCAGAUAUGAGGAACCCGCAGAUGAGCUUGAAGAAAUCAGUCGUUGAAGGAGACUAUGUCAAGCCAUUGGGCUUCAGAGACAUAGAGAUCGGCCAGAUUGUCACUGCAAAGGUGCGGCAUGUUGAAAACUACGGAGUCUUCCUCGUCAUUGAUAACUCGGAGAACGUCAGCGGUCUGUGUCACGUUUCCGAAAUGGCUGACAACAGAAUCGAAAAGGGGACGGUGAAAGAGUUGUACAAGGAGGGCGAUGCCGUUAAGGCGAAGGUCCUGCGUAUCGACGCAAAACAAAGGAAGAUUACUUUUGGCUUAAAGUACUCCUACAUCAAGGGCGACGAGGACGGCGAGGAUGACGAGGAGAUAGAUGAUGCGUUGGAUGCAUCCGUCCAAGAGUCGGAGGACACCAAUGUUGAAAUCCAUGCCGACCAAGACGAGGAAAUGAGAAGCGUCAAGAGUGUAGAGGACGAUGGCGACGCCAUAGCCCAAGAGGCCACCCAAACUGGCUCCGACGAUGUCGAUGUCGCUGAUGGCCCAAAGGCACCCGCAGCUGGUCUGAGUACGUCUGGCUUCGACUGGACCGGAGCUACGCUUGACUUUGAGGAUCGAGAAGCUGCUUCUGACGAUGAGGGGGAGGACGCAGGCAAGAAAAAGAAGAAGCACAAGAAGGCAACCAUCAAGGAAGAUCGCACAGGCGAUCUGGAUGCCUAUGGACCUCAAUCCGUCGCCGACUACGAACGUCUCCUGCUCGGACAACCCAAUAGUGCUGAGCUGUGGGUACGUUAUAUGGUCUUCCAGCGCGAGCUCAACGAGAUCGAGAAAGCACGACAGAUCGCCCGCCGUGCCCUGGCAACCAUGAACCCCCGCGAGGAAAAAGAGAGACUAGAUGUGUGGACCGCGUUGCUCCAUCUGGAGAACGAGCAUGGUAGCGACGAUCUCAUCGAGGAAACGUUCAAGGAGGCCUGCCAGUACAAUGACUCACGCGAAAUGCACGAGCGCAUGAUCAAGAUCUACAUUUCGUCUGGCAAGCUCGACAAAGCUGAUAACCUUUACCAAUCUAUGACGAAGAACAAGUCUUUCACUCCGACACCUUCUCUCUGGCUCUCCUACGCCACCUUCCUCAUGAACACCAUGCAACCCCCUUCGCCAACGCGCGCUCGCGCCCUCCUCGCCCGCGCUACGCAAUCCGUCCCCGAAUCCGAACACCGUUACCUCACGCACAAAUUCGCUGCUCUCGAAUUCAAAUCGACAAAGGGUGAUCCCGAGCGCGGCCGCACCAUCUUCGAAGGCCUCGUUAGCACCUGGCCGAAGAAGUGGGAUAUAUGGGACGUAUACGUGAGCUUGGAGAUAAGCCACGGUGGUGAGGAGAACGUGCGGAGCUUGUUUGAGCGGAUGUCGAAGAUGGGAAAGAAGAAGAGAGCCCAGGCGGUGUUCAAGCGGUGGAGGGAGUGGGAAAACGGUCUUGAUAAUGAUAAGGGCGUUGAGAGAGUGAAAGCGUUAGAGGCGGCGUGGAGGGAGAAGAACGAUGUGGAGGAAUAGGGUAGUUAGGAUUGUGUAAAAGCAUUUUCAUUAGAGCAUCGGCGUAUAGUGGUUGAAAACCUAAAGUUCUAACUUUGUUUCAU